AGCCUGCGUGUCAGUGCAGUCGACUUACAGCUGGCUGUGAGGAGAACUGACGCUACUCUUAUUUUUAUUUUUAUUUUUUUGCGCCUUGUCACCGCUGCACAUUUACCCGUAUCUCAAAAAGUAAACUAAUUGAUAUCUGCGAUAACACUUUCUACGUGGUUACAUUUUUGAUAAGGGAGUUUCUACAGAACUAAAGUUGGAGGCUGGGCCUUUAGCUUUUUGACCGUCGCUUCAGAGGAGAAGAAAAAAAAAAAAAGCUGGUCUAUUUUUUUAAAUAAAAGCCCGAUAAAUGCUACUAAUGAAAAUGGACCUGUUGAACUACCAGUACCUGGACAAGAUGAACAACAACAUUGGCAUUCUCUGCUACGAAGGUGAGGCAGCUCUGAGAGGAGACCCCAGACUCCUGUCCCUAUCGUCUUCCUCCUCCUCUUCAUCAUCGUCCUCCUCAUCUUCCUCCUCCAGCCACAGGACAGGUCCUCCUCCCAUCAGCCCCACUAAGAGGAAGCUGAGUGGGGAUCAGGGAGACAGCGACAUGGAUGAAAACGAGCACGUGGCAAAGAUGAGUCGACUGUUUGCUGCGCAGCUGAAACCUAAUGGAGACUAUCGCAGCUCUCCUGGCUCCAAGGACCGCAGCAGGAGCCCCAUUGAACGUGUGGUGGUGCCUGGUACUCUGGGAGUUACAAGCAACCACCUGUACAGCCACACCCAUCACCACCACCUCCACCUGGCCAGCUUAGCUCCCAUGGACCAGCCACUGGCACUUACCAAAAACAGCAUGGUGGAGUCCGCACGCAGCAACACAGCAGCUAUGGCUACAGUGCCGCACACAGUCAGCACUGUGGAACGCCAGCAGAAUCGUCCUUCAGUGAUCACAUGCGCCCCAGCAAACAACCGCAACUGCAACCUGUCUCACUGUACAGUCUCCCACAAUGGCUGCUCCAACUUAACUAAUAACUACAGGAGAAUCAACACCAACACAGUGUGUGACCCUGUGAUUGAGGAACAUUUCCGUCGCAGCCUUGGGAAGAACUACAAGGAGCCCGAACCCACUGCCACCAACUCGGUGUCCAUCACAGGCUCGGUGGAUGACCACUUUGCCAAGGCACUAGGCGAAACCUGGCUGCAGAUCAAAAACAAGGGGAGUCCCUCAUCAUCUGGGAACAGCCCAAACUCCUCCCCUGACAGUCACAUGGUCAAUCACAACCACUCACCUUCGGUCGUCUCCUGAAGGGGAGAGAUUUUCCCCGGUUUUCCCCAGUCCUCCCAAUCAUCCCGGCUCCAACAUCCAUGCCCCCAUCACUUUGGUCUGUCACCAGCAUCCCAGAGGGAAUGCUUGCCUGCUGGUCUGCUAAAAAUAUCUAAAACCCUCAAGCCCACUCUCUCACUGUGCAUUCAUAAAGGAUCAAUCAAGCAAUAACAACGUGGUCAUUUGUCGCAUCUGUCCUCUGGUAUGCUAAUGCCAGACAAUCAGUAAUGAGUGAUGAGGGUUCAGCCUGGAGCUUAGGUGGAGCAUGAGCUUGCUCCUUCCUGUCAUACAUCAACCUGCAUGUCAAGCUUGGAGCUAAGCAAGUGUCUGUAGUUAUAUGUAUAUAAAGAGAGAGAGGAAAAGGAGGUGUUUUAAUUAUUAAUUUUCUUCUUUGUUGUUGUUUUUCUUUAACAGUAGUUUUGUGUACUUCUGCGUUAUGAAAUGCCCGACGUUUCAAAGGAGAGAUAAGCGAGAAACACUUUGGAGAAAACAUAAACCACCUGACUGUUCUACCAAAGAAACCUCAGACACUGAUGUUUAUCAAUGCCCACCUCGGAAACAAAACAACAAAAAGCCAUCUUGUAAUCACCUCCCUCUGUUUUCAUCUUCUUUCAUUCGCUCACUCUCCUUCUCUCUCUCUCCCCCACUCUCGCUCUUCUGUGUAUGUGUUCUCAUGGUUUUGUUACUGUACGUGUAUACUUUGGUGAUCGACUCGGUCUGAUUUGCACUACUGCCGUAGAGGGUAAAGGGUGGCAUGUUUAUUUUUGCAAUCUGGCACUGAACACACUGGGACUGAUAACGCAGAUUUUUGGAUUUUGACACAGAUCAUAUAUCCAACUUUUGUUGGAACCCCCCGUUUUUAUAUAUCACAAUAACUCCUGUUUAAAAAUCUAUCUGGGCACAAUUUCACACCAGCGCCGGCAGAAAAGCAUGAACGAGGUCAUUAUGCAUUAUUUAUUGAAAGCAUUUUGGAAAAUGUAAACCGACUUAUAUGGGGUUGGGCAGUAGACGCAUGAAUCACAGCAAGCUUUUGACGAGCGUGUCCAGCUAUUACGUUACAACACUGCAACUUCAUUAGUGCAGCUGUUAGCUGAGAGCACACAUACAUGAUAAAGGAGGGUGAAAAAUGAGAUAUUGGGUGCUUCAGUCCACACAGCUUAUUACUGUGCUUUAAACAGAUCCAUCCCCACCAGCACUUCACUACAGAGUGGUUAUAUUGAGAGCCCUCAUUAUUAAUCUAAAUAAAGAGAAAAGUCGCUGGAGGGACUUCAUCAUCCAUCAUUAGUCACCCAACUGCUGCAUCCCCAGAACAAGGUUACAACUAAUUUGAUUUAAAGAUUAGAAUUGCAGCUUGCAGAUUUGGCCAAAAGUGGCCAUAAAAUGUGAGGAAAAUUAAGUUUUAUGUGUAUUUAUGUAAAGGAGAACCUUUAGUGACUCCAUAGAGUAGUGGUUUAUAUAUUUGCAUAAAAGUGAUAGAUCCUUGGUUUGAUGCCAGGGGGGGCGGAGACAGAUCCCUAUGGGGUUGUGUCAGGAAGGGCAUCUAGCAAUAAUAAAAAAAAAAAAAAAAAAAAAAGUGCCAGGUCAGAUAUGUGGCACUACUGCUGUGGUGACUCCUUGUGAAUGAGGGAGCAGCCAAAAGUAGCUACUAGUUACAUGUAAAGGAGAAAAUGUGUAUAUAUGUAACAGGUAAUAUAUAUUAAUGUGUCAUGCUGCCCAACUCUACUCAUAUCCAGGUUCUUAUUUAAGCAGUAUUGAUUGGUAUUGAACAAUAAAAUUGUUGCCUUUCAGUUUAUGAGCACAGUUAGGUUUAAAAAAAAAAUCAGCUACUGUGGUAUUGAUGGCCAUCACAACCAUGUUGAGAGGAGAUUAGGGCUGAAAACACUCAGAGAGUGUGUUGAAGGUUGGGCUUUGCUGAGCGAUGUGCUUUGAUGUGUUUCACCGGCUUAACUGCUGACAGAUGAGGGGAUAGAUGAUGCUGCAUGUCACUUUGUGGUUGAAAGAAAAAAACAAAAACAGUCUGGUUUCUCGACUGGGGGAGAGAAGAUUUUUCAGAUCUCUUCAAACACACCUUUGUUUUUUUUCCUUUUGGUCUCUUUGAUCGCGGGUGUAGUAAUUAUAUUUGGCUUACACCCUGCUGGCCUUCCUUCGCUCUCCUACACACUGUGGUUUGGUAGAUUUCUACAAGGUUUUAAGGGUAAAUUAAUGCUUUUACAAAUGCAUGUUGUUUUUUUUUUUUUUGUUUUUAAUAGCUGGUAUCUAUUAGUGUUUUUAGCAUUUCAAGCAUAACUUUUAUUAGCCUUUUCAUUCAGACGUUAGUUGUUACUUCUUUUGUUGUCAGUAACAGACAUAGACACUAUACACUCACUGCUGGGUCAGUUGUACUCCAUAUUGUUAUUGUUAUUAUUACAAUUUUGUAUUUUUUUUGUUUUCCAUUAAUAUCAGUGUGGUAACAAACAUCUAUAGUGGGACAGCCUCCGGACAGGCUCUGUUUAAGUGAUGAAUGCUGCGUUUCCUAAAAUCAUCUCAACCCAGUGUCCGAUCAGCUCACUCCUGCAGCAGGGUGACGAUCGUCCUGGAGUUCAGUUGGGUUUGGGAUACAAAGCGCAUAAAGGUUUUCUUAAGAUGUUGAUCCAUCAGUGGUACAGGAUGCUACAAACUUCAGCAUGACUGAGCUGAGACACCACACAAACAGAAAAAAGUCAGCGGGGGUCUUGUUUUCUUCAAAAGCAUCGAAGCAUGGGAUCGCUUAGCCUGUUUAGCUGCCAUCGUAAAGUCACUACAUUUGCAGGCUUUGGAUGCUUUUGGGAAGCAGGGUUUGUUUACAGGAAGAGUUGGGUCAUGAUGGCCCUCAACCAUCGUGUUGACACACAAAAGUGUCCCAAAGUUAUGACACUAAAAAGACGACAUUACUGAAAUAACAUUGGCAGACCUAGCAGAUGAACAAAGCACAUGGCUGAUAAUUGGUUAUCUGAAUUUAUGGCGUGAUGUUUCACCUUGUUCAACCACCAUCAGCUGACUUUUUUGUGUUCUGACUUGGUGUCCAGACCCUUUUUUUUUUUAUAUAUUUCAAACUUUCUUUUCUGAACUUAAAUUAGACUGCUAUAGUCUAAGGAAAUGAAUUCUGCAAAACAACCUGCGCCAAGGUGGCAUACAUUCCUGCUGUAGGCAACUUUGUACAGGCCUCGACACAUUCACUAUCUUUAUAUCAACAGACGGAGCUAAUAACUAGUGAGGGCAACUUGUCCCUGAGUCCCCUGCCAACAGCAUCUUUGCCUGAAUUACAAGGUGUCCAUGUUUGCCUUUUUUAAGUAAAUUGGCAAUAGUGAACAUUUUUGAGGACAUUUAGUGCAUAGAAAUAGAGAAGUAGGGGUUUACUAGAAGACAGUGAGAAAGUUACUCACCCUGCAUUGAAAGUACAGAUUAAAGUCUCAGAGCGAUGAAGUUUCUAUUAGUUUGCUUUGUGUAAUUUUUGUCAAGAAUGGCAAGUACGUACAUGAGAGUUCUAUACUGCGUCCUAGAAUGUCUACACAUUCCAUUCUCAGCUAUCCAAACAGAACUAUAACCGAUGAUGGAAGGUCUACAAUGUCACCCCAGAUUCAGAUGUAACUGGAGCUCUGUAAUGUAAUGUGCUUUCUGUGACCAGUUUUGAAUGGUUUGGAUGGUGAGUUUUGGCAGGCAGAGUUUGGGGGCAGGAGGCAGAGCUUCAGGAGCUGAGCUUUUGUAAGCACAACCUGUGAGUUAGGGUGUGUUCACCUGCCACUCAAAAUCUUUUUAAGGUCUCACAGCGUUGCCCCCCCUCCCUCCUCUCAGAUUCAGGUGGCCCGAAACAUGAGGGAAAUGGGCUAGGUGUCCAGAGAAUUUUGUUUUUCGGUUAUUCUUUCUCAUUAUCAUUUCACUACCACCCUGUAGGUAGGCUCUCUUUAUGCUUCGACACACACUCCCUACACACUGUAGGAAAAUCACUUAAUAAAAAUACUUUUUUAUAAUAGGUGACUAUAAGACCAUCAUUACGCUGUGCGUAACGAAUGUACAGAGAAAAAAAAUCGUAGGUAUUUUUUUGAGGAACAAUGAAUUUGUUAAUGAUAUGUAGCUAUUUAAUUGUUUUUCCCUGUCCUUAUAUUGUAAUCAUUGCAUUUUCUUUUUUUUUUUUUUUUUUGGUGAAAAAAGUUGAUCUUUUUUGUUUAUAGUUUGUCUUGUUAGAGUAAAGGUUCAAGUGCAGGAGCACAGUAAACGUAUGAAACCACAGUAAGCCACAGGUGUGUCGCUGACAAUCGCUACUUCCAUUGGUCCCCACGAUUUUUGUGUUCGGUCAUGUGACUUCAGAGACAUUUGAACAAGAUUGACUAACAAGCCAAAAAACUUUUGUUUUACGGGCCUUUUGAGCAAUUUGCAUGUUCUGUAUUGUUGGAAGACUAGCCCAAUCUGUCUUGCUUGUCAUUUCCAAAUGGGUUCCUUUUUAAAAAUCAAAUCAAAUUCCCCAUUACUCAUGGGCUAGCAGGCAGGUACAAUUUCCACCACAGCACUUAAGCAAUAGAAAGUGUCUUUUUUCAUGACUUUUUUUUUGGGGGGGGGGUCUAUGGAUGGGAAGUGAGUGAAGUAAAAUCAGUCACAAUUUGUUGAGUUUGUUGGAACUAAUGAAACUGUAGAAAGUUUGUGCUCUGGAUCGUCUGCGAAGUGUAGAUGAUCUAAGAAGCAAAUGAGCUUUGGGGAUGUCACUCCUUCCUAAAUGUCAUCACAGUUCCCAUCUGUUGAAGUCAUUUUGCAUUCUCUAAUCAUGUUUAACAUGAAAAUUGAGCAAAUAAAUCAAAGAGGAGUCAUCUUUACUCCGACUGCACCACAUUUUCCUGGUCGUUUUUGAAGUGGAAGUAGCAUGUACUUAAUGGUUAGUAAUACUCUGAACUGUAAUAAAAUUUCUAUCAAGAUUUGUGGCUCUGUGUCUCCUACUAAAAAGGUUUUGGCAGGCCACCUUUUUUGUACGUAAAGUAGCCUUGAUGAACAAUAAAGUGCUUUUAAACCACA